ACAGCGGGCUGGAGCAUCCUCAGCAGAAGGCUGGAGGAAGGAAGAGGAAUGUGAGAGCUGACGCCCUGCUCCGACUGAAUAAGCUGAAGGAUGCACUCGUCCUUCAUCCCUCCAUCCUUGCUCAGCAUCUCGAAGGAGGAUACAACUCCACAGCUCAACUAUUAGACUCGGGAUUUGACGGUGGACUGUCAAGCAAAAGAUUUUUAUUUUCUAGUUGUUUUCUUUAGACAGAAGUAUUGGCUGUUGCCUGGCUUUGAAGUUCCUACUGCAAGUUUGAGUAUCUUGGCAUCAUGGGAUGCACCGCCAGCCUGGUUCUGCUGGAGGGGCUGCGUACCAUCCUUGAAAGGAAUUGUAACUACAGUAAAGCAGCUGUGGAAAUUAAGGCUUUGGAGGAAGAAGAGGAAACACUGAGCCUCAGGGAAUCUCAUCUAUGGAUUCCUACCACUGCUCUGGUAAAACCGAAGAUAAUAGAGCCUCUCGAUUAUGAGAAUGUUCUCCUCCAGAGGAAGACCCAGAUCAUCAGUGAUGUUCUACGGGACAUGCUGCAGUUCCCCACAGACGACUUCCAGAUCUCCACCCUGCGGCGUCAGGGCCGCACUCUGUUCUCCACCGUGCCCGAGACCGCCGAGAAGGAGGCCUGCUCCUUGUUUGUGCAAGAGUGCAUCAAAACGUACAAGUCUGACUGGCACGUGGUCAACUACAAGUAUGAAGAGUAUUCCGGAGACUUCCGCCAGCUCCCAAAUAAGAUACCACGACCUGAGAAACUUACAGCUCAUUUGUUUGAGGUGGAUGAAGAUGUGGAAAAAGAUGAGGAUGCAGCUUCUCUUGGGUCCCAGAAGGGAGGGGUGUCCAAACAUGGUUGGUUGUACAAAGGCAACAUGAACAGCGCCAUCAGUGUGACCAUGCGGUCCUUCAAGAGGAGAUACUUCCAUCUGGCCCAGCUGGGUGAUGGAUCCUACAACCUCAAUUUCUACAAAGACGAGAACACCUCCAAGGAGCCCAAAGGAACCAUCUUCCUGGACUCUUGCAUGGGGGUCGUGCAGAACAGCAAAGUGCGGCGGUUUGCCUUCGAGCUGAAGAUGCAGGACAAGAGCACCUUCCUGCUGGCUGCAGACAGCGAUGCAGAAAUGGAGGAGUGGAUCGGCACUCUCAACAAGAUUCUCCACAGCAGCUUCGAGCAGGCCAUGCAGGAGAAGAGAAAUGGAGAUUUGCACGAUGAGGAAGAACAUGGAAAGACAGACCUUUCUUCUGGAGCUUUUCAAGACACUUUUCAGACUGCCAGAGAUAUUGAGUCAAAAAUGAGGAGUGAAGCUCGCCUGAAGCUGUUGACUCUAGAUCCUGACACACAGAAACUGGACUUCUCUGGGAUCGAACCAGACGUGCGUCAGUUCGAGGAAAAGUUCGGGAAGAGAAUCCUGGUCAGCUGUCACAACCUGUCCUUCAACCUUCAGGGUUGCGUUGCGGAGAACGAAGGCGGCCCAACGACCAAUGUAGAGCCUUUUUAUGUGGUCCUGUCCCUGUUUGACGUCCAGAACAGUCGAAAGAUCUCCGCAGACUUCCACGUGGACCUCAACCACCCUCUGGUUCGACAAAUGACGCAAAGUCCGGGGCCAGAUUUGCAAAUCAACGGCAGUAACGGCACCGACGGUCCCGUGGGAAGCCGCAGAAGCACCCAGCUGCAGGAGCGUGCUCUUGAAUACCCCACGCAGGGGGUGUUUUCAGUUACCUGCCCCCAUCCUGAGAUCUUCCUGGUGGCCAGAAUAGAGAAAGUCCUACAAGGGGGGAUCACCCACUGCACUGAACCGUAUAUGAGGAGUUCAGACUCCACCAAGAUUGCACAAAAGGUGCUGAAGAAUGCAAAGACAGCUUGCAGCAGACUUGGGCAGUACAGGAUGCCAUUCGCCUGGGCUGCACGGUUCGUGUUUAAAGAUGCAUCUGGAACUCUGGACAAAAGCGCUCGUUUCUCAGCUCUUUACAGACAGGACAGCAGCAAGCUGUCCGACGAAGACAUGUUCAAACUGCUCACUGACUUCAGAAAACCAGAGAAAAUGGCCAAACUUCCUGUACUUUUAGGAAACUUAGAUGUCACCAUUGAUAGCGUGGCCCCGGAUGUGACAAACUGUUUCACUUCCUCCUACAUCCCUUUGAAGAACUUUGAAGCAAACGGGUCGGGUAGUACCCUUCUAGAGGUGGACGAGUUUGUCCCUUGCAUCGCAAAGUGCUCCCAACCUUUUACCAUCUAUAAAAACCACCUUUAUGUGUACCCCAAACACCUCAAAUAUGACGGGCAGAAAUCCUUUGCAAAGGCGAGGAACAUUGCUGUUUGUAUUGAAUUUAAGGAAUCGGACGAAGAGGAAGCCCAACCGCUGAAGUGCAUCUAUGGUCGUCCCGGCAGGCCUUUGUUUACCAAGCAAGCAUAUGCAGCCGUCCUGCACCACCAACAAAACCCAGAGUUCUAUGAUGAGAUAAAGAUAGAGCUGCCCACUCAGCUGCAUGAGAAACACCACCUUCUCUUCACCUUGUAUCACGUCAGCUGUGAUGGCAACAGCAAGAAGAAAGACCUGGUAGAGACUCCAGUGGGUUCAGCUUGGCUGCCUUUGCUAAGGGAUGGAGGCAGAAUCAUUGUGAAUGAACAGCAGCUGUCUGUGGCUGCCCAUCUUCCACCAGGGUACCUUAGCUCCCAGGAUGGUUCCAACAAGCAGUCUGGCUCGGAUAUUAAGUGGGUAGAUGGAGGGAAACCACUGUUCACAGUCUCAACCCAUCUCGUCUCUACAGUUUACACUCAGGAUCAGCAUUUGCACAAUUUCUUCCACCACUGUCAAAGCGUGGAGAUGUCGGAACAAGCUUUAGACGGGGGGCUUGUUAAAUACCUGAAGAGCCUUCAUGCAAUGGUGAGUCACGUCAUGGUCAACUUUCUGCCCACCAUCCUCAACCAGCUGUUUUGUGUCCUUACUAGAGCGACUCACGAGGAAGUGGCGGUUAAUGUUACCAAGGUCAUGGUCCACGUUGUGGCGCAGUGUCAUGAAGAGGGGCUAGAGCAUUACCUGCGAUCUUACAUUAAGUUUGUGUUUAAGCCAGAACCUUUCUCCUCCACCUGUGUGAAAACGGUUCACGAGGAGCUGGCCAAAGCCAUGACAACCAUCCUCAAACCAUCCACAGACUUUUUAACCAGCAACAAGAUUCUGAAGCAUUCCUGGUAUUUCUUUGAAGCUCUGGUCAAGUCAAUGGCCCAUUUCCUCAUCGAGAGCGGUAGGGUCAAGCUCUCCAGGAACCAGCGUUUCUCCGCCUCCUACCACCACGCCGUGGAGACCCUGGUCAACAUGCUAAUGCCACACAUCACUCAGAAGUACAAAGACAACCUCGACGCUUCCCGUAACGCCAACCACAGCCUGGCGGUUUUCAUCAAGCGCUGCUUCACGUUCAUGGACAGAGGCUUUGUGUUCAAGCAGAUCAACAACUACAUGAACUGCUUUGUGCCUGGAGAUCCAAAGACUUUAUACGAGUUUAAGUUUGAGUUCCUGCGGGUGGUUUGCAGCCAUGAGCACUACGUGCCUCUCAACCUGCCCAUGCCCUUUGGGAAGGGCAGAAUCCAGAGGUAUCAAGAUCUCCAGCUGGACUACUCCCUGACCGAUGACUUCUGCCGGAACCACUUCCUGGUGGGCUUGCUCCUGCGGGAGGUGGGAGCGGCGCUCCAGGAGUACCGAGAAGUCCGCCACAUCGCCAUCCAGGUCCUCAAAGGGCUGAUGAUCAAACAUGCGUUCGACGACCGCUACGCCGCCAAAAGCCAGCAGGCCAGGCUGGCCACUCUCUACCUCCCACUGUUUGGCCUGCUGCAGGAAAAUGUUCACAGACUCGACAUUAAGGAUUCGGCUCCGCCCAGCAGCCACAACGUAAGCCUGGACUGCCUGUGGACCAGACUUCCGUCGGGUGAGUCUAACUGGACUGGACUGUUUUGGCAGAACACGAGGGAGGACUCUCUGGGGAUUCCCCAGAAACCCGGGAGCUGCAUCGAAAACGCUCUGCACAAAGACGUGUUCGGGGUGAUCUCCGGAACAGCGUCUCCGCACAGCUCCACCCCCAAUGUGAGCUCCGUUCACCACGCAGACUCCAGAGGAUCCCUGGCCUCCACCGACUCUGGAAGCAGCCUCCUGGACAAGAACAGCUCUCUGGAGAAGAACCAGAGCGCAUCGGCUGUGCUGCGCGGCGACAAGCUGGACCGAGACGAGAUCAAAAACCUCCUCAUGUGCUUCCUGCACAUCCUCAAGAGCAUGUCGGAGGAGGCGCUUUUUACUUACUGGAACAAAGCCUGUCCUUCAGAGUUAAUGGACUACUUCACAUUACUGGAGAUCUGCCUCCACCAGUUCAGAUACAUGGGGAAGAGGUUCAUCUCCAGGAGCCAGGAGAGCGGCGGGCCUGCGGCUGCAGACAGGAAGUCUCUCACUCUGCCUGUUUCUCGCAACAGAAGCGGGAUGCUGCACGCUCGCCUGCAGCAGCUGGGGGGUCUGGACAGCAGCGCUCACACCAUCAACAACAUGUACACCCAUUCGGAAGCAGAUGUGAACAGCUGGUGUCUGCUGGAGGCCAACGUGUCGACAGAGGUCUGCCUGACGGUUCUGGACACCCUGAGCGUCUUCAUCAUGGGGUUCAAGACCCAGCUGACCUCGGAUCUCGGUCACAACCCGCUGAUGAAGAAGGUUUUCCAGGUGCACCUGUGCUUCCUGCAGAUCCCUCAGUCGGAGGUGGCCCUCAAACAAGUCUUCACAUCACUCAGGACCUUUAUUUACAAGUUCCCGUGUACGUUCUUCGACGGUCGCGCCGACAUGUGCGCCUGUCUCUGCUAUGAAAUCCUCAAGUGCUGCAACUCCAAGCUGAGCUCCAUCCGCGGCGAUGCCGCCCACCUCCUCUACUUCCUCAUGAAGAGCAACUUCGACUACACCGGCCGCAGGUCCUUCGUCCGGACUCACCUGCAGGUGGUGAUCGCCGUCAGUCAGCUGAUUGCUGAUGUCAUCGGAAUUGGGAGCACGCGCUUCCAGCAGUCUCUGUCGAUCGUCAACAACUGUGCCAACAGCGACAAGAACAUAAAGCACACAGCCUUUCCCUCCGAUGUCAAGGACCUGACCAAGCGCAUCAGGACGGUGCUGAUGGCCACCGAGCAGAUGAAGGACCACGAGAACGACCCGGAGAUGCUGGUAGACCUCCAGUACAGCUUGGCCAAGUCCUACACCAGCACCCCGGAGCUCCGGAAGACCUGGCUGGACAGCAUGGCUCGCAUCCACAACAAGAACAGCGACCUUUCAGAGGCGGCCAUGUGUUACGUACAUGUUGCUGCCCUGGUGGCAGAGUACCUGUGGAGGAAAGGGAUGUUCAGACAGGGCUGCUCCGCGUUCCGGGUCAUCACUCCCAACAUCGACGAAGAGGCGGCCAUGAUGGAGGACGUGGGGAUGCAGGAUGUUCACUUUAACGAGGAGGUUCUCCUGGAGCUGCUGGAGGAGUGUGCUGAUGGUCUUUGGAAGGCGGAGCGUUAUGAGCUCAUUGCUGAUGUCUACAAGCUAAUUAUUCCCAUUUAUGAACAGCGCAGAGAUUUUGAGAAACUGACGCAUCUGUAUGACACGCUGCACCGCGCCUACACCAAGGUCAUGGAGGUGAUGCACACCGGCAAGAGGCUUCUGGGCACGUUUUUCCGAGUGGCAUUCUUCGGACAGGCUGCGGGCUUCUUCGAGGACGAGGAUGGGAAAGAGUAUAUCUACAAGGAGCCGAAGUUCACGCCUCUGUCUGAAGUUUCCCAGAGGCUCCUGAAGCUCUACUCCGAUAAAUUCGGCCAGGAGAACGUCAAAAUCAUUCAGGACUCUGGGAAGGUAAAUCCCAAAGACCUGGACUCGAAGUUCGCCUACAUCCAGGUGACUCAUGUAACUCCUUACCUGGAUGACAAGGAGCUGGAGGACAGGAAGACCGACUUUGAGAAGAGCCACAACAUCAGGCGCUUUGUGUUCGAGACGCCGUUCACCGUGUCCGGGAAGAAGCAGGGGGGAGUGGAGGAGCAGUGCAAACGGCGCACCAUUCUAACCACCACCCACUGUUUCCCCUACGUCAAAAAGCGCAUACCCGUCAUGUACCAACACCAGACCGACCUGAGCCCCAUAGAGGUGGCCAUUGACGAGAUGAGCUGCAAGGUGGCCGAGCUGCGCCUGCUGUGCUCCGCCUCCGAGGUGGACAUGAUCCGGCUGCAGCUCAAGCUGCAGGGCAGCAUCAGCGUUCAGGUGAACGCCGGUCCUCUCGCCUACGCCAGAGCCUUUCUGGAUGGUAGCAGUGCCAAAAAGUACCCAGACAAUAAGGUCAAGCAGCUGAAGGAGGUGUUCAGGCAAUUUGUAGACGCGUGUGGUCACGGGCUGGGCGUCAACGAACGACUGAUAAAAGAAGACCAGCACGAGUACCACGAUGAGAUGAAGGCCAGCUACCGGGACCUGACCCGAGAGCUGUCUAACAUCAUGCACGAACAGAUUGGAUGAUAAACCUGAUUGAAGACAGUUCCAGGAAUACUCUGAAUAAUUCCAUGGGUAUCUUCAAUGCCAUCAGUGGCACACCAAGCCCACACGGCUCCACCACUGUUCUCUGAUCGGAUUUUACACCAGAAUCGAGCCUGCAGGUUGCAUCUAAAAAAACAAAAAGGACAGACUCACACAGAAUGUUGCUACUUUUCUUGCUCUCUCUCUCCCCCCCCAGUUUCCUGGGGUUGUCAUCUGUCCAGGUCCAGAUGACAACCCCUAAACCUACUACAAUGGAACCAACCUGGAUGAAUGAGAGUCUGCAUAGAUAUGGAGACUACAGUUUCAACUCUAACAUCCGUGGCAGUUUUGUAAUCUUGUUAGAUUUCGGUCACUUAUCAAUGGAACUUCCAUGGAUUUUCCAUGGAUAAUCAAUGGAUUUUCCAUGGAAAAUAGACCCAGACUGACGAUCUAAAAUAUAGUUUUGUUUGUCUAAAACCCCUUCUUAUAAAAGCUGGUAAAACCAAUGUAAGGCCCAGUCAUUUAAAGAGGUGAAUGGAUAAAAACUUUUUUUUUUCUUCCAUUUUUCCACUUGGGCUCAGUUUUAACAGCAGAUACUUUUUUUUUAUCUACUGGAACCAAAUUGGGAAAAACUGUUGUUUUUUUUUAAGCAUACUGGACCUAAACGCCAAGAGAGCCACAGUGUUUUUACCCCGUUUUAUGAUAAGAGUGUGCAAUAUUUUCUAUUGUAUUAUUAUUCUGCUGCACAAAAGAUCAUUCCUGCCAAAGAAAAAAUAAAACAGUUGUGCAAUUCAAGGCGACGGCCUGGCAGUUUGUACUCCACACCGAUCUUUUUUUCGUUUUUUGUUUUUUUUAUUGUCAACAAUGUUAAAAAGAAACAAUAAAAACAUGUAAAUAUGUUUAAUAUGUAUAAGAAAUACAAAUAAAUAAAAUCUGUGAUAAUACUUUUGUCUUCAAUCCAAAUAAUGAUGUGUUUUAUUUAAAAAAGCCCCUUUUCCGGACACCCUUGGACUUUUACAAAAUAAAAUACACUUUGACACAAAAUAUAAAAAACAAAA